UACUCUGGAAAAGGAAUGAAGAAAAUUAAAAACACUUACUAUUUCUAUAGAUGUCGCCUCUGAUUAUUUGGUCCCAUAUAGCACUGCAAUUUUAAUUCUCUCAUAGCGUACACAAUUCUUCUUCAAUCUCGGUCGUUGGAGAGUUUAUUUGGAAGGCAGAACAGAUAGAUCUAGGAACAAAAUGAAUUUGUGGGUAUUCUUGUUCACUGUGGCAGUAGCUGUUGUUCCCAGUUUCUCUCGGAAAAUGAAUCUUACAGAAUGUAAUGGAAACAAUACUCAGCCUCUGCUAACAUUAAACAGUUAUAGUUUUGUACCUUAUCCAAUUAACUCCCCUGGAUCCUUGACAGUUUCUGUGUCAGUGACAGUCAACAGACCAGUGCCAGUCGGAGGUCUCAGAAUGAAAGUUUUGAUCCAAAGGGAGAUCAUCGCCCUCAUAAAUAUUCCUUGCACUGAUAAUAUUGGCAGUUGCACGUAUGAUGUUUGUCAUCUUCUGGACUAUUUUAAGAACAGCAGCUGUCCACAACAGCUGAUAGACAACAACAUCCCCUGUACAUGUGAUACAAUACAGCCAGGGACUUACGAUCUGAUCAACCAGACGUUCCAAGUACCGGACAUAACGAAACUAACCAGCUGGUCUACUUUAGCACUGGGAGAUUACGUUGUUAAGUUUGAUCUUAAGGAUGGAGUCACAGGAGAAGACGUUUACUGCCUUGGUGGAAAGAUCAACAUCAAAGAUCCCAAUGCGUGUGAUGGGUUCCUUUGCAGUCUUUUUGGACGCAGGGCUCUGAACAACCUGGAAGCUCUAGGUGCUCUGCUCUGGCAUUGGAUCUGGUAGAAUGACGUAGAUUUUUAAUAAAUAUUUUAUUUUUUUCCUUUGAAAA